UCCAACAUUACUCGAGUUUUCGUCUUCAUUUUAUCAAUAAAAUACUCACAGUAUAUGCGAGUACACAUUUUCAUGUAUGAAUGGGGCUUUAGUUUUUUAAAUAUCAUUUAAAUGAUUUUUCGGACUAUUCUUAAAAAUUUCCAGCAUUUACUUCACAACUAGUGUUGAACAUUUUUCGGACAAAUUCAUCGUGCAAGAAAAUGGCGGACAAUGGAGGAUUCGAGGAUAGUGUCACAAGCUUCAUGCUGACCGAUGCAAUCAAAACUGGUAGUUUAGAUAGAGUAACGCAGAUUCUAGCAGAGCAUCAGAUCAACAUUAAUGACAAAAUUGAUGGCUCGUUUACUCCUUUCUUGCUAGCAUGCUCUUAUUGUCAGUUUGAUUUAAUGGUGCACUUCCUUAAUCAUGGAGCAGACCCAAUGUAUCAUCAUCACUUUUUCAACGCGCUUAUGGCAACCUGUUCGUCCUCUUGUUCGGACGAAGAGCUUGUCCUCCGUUGUGUUCGCUUGCUGAUCAAUCAAGGAUUGCUGAUUAACGAGGUGGAUCCUGACAGAACUACACCUUUAAUGUACGCAGCUAAAAGUGGACACAUUGAAGCUGUGAAAGAAUUACUUAUGCGGGGUGCUUCAAUUGAUUCUAUAGAUCAUGAGGGAUGGUCUGCAAUUUUCUUUGCCGUCAGCCAAAAACAUACAGAUAUUGUAAAAUUGCUCAUCGAAAGUGGAGCGUCUGUAAAAUUGGAAGAUAGACGAGGUAGAAAAGUCUUGGAAAUCGCAGAGACCAAAGGUUUGCAGGAUAUUGCUGAUUUAAUUUUAGAGGCUGAAGGGGAGAAAAAAAUAGAGGAGGAAUGGGAGCAACCGGUCCAACUCACCGUUCAAAGUUACAGUGACAUGGUUCGUGAGCUUCCGGAGCAUAAUGAAUUUAUGGCUGAUGCUCUCAGUUUUUUGCAUAAUUUAUGUUUAUCCCGUUACUCUCGACCCUUUCAUAAUAACAAAGUGAGCUUGGGGAAGUUAUUGUUAAUGGAUGAAGGUGAUCUAAAGGAAAAUGGUGUGUAUCUAUCUAGUCAUAGACAGUUGAUUUUAAGUUCUGUAAAGAAAUUUCACUUAUCGAUGUGGAAAAAUUGUUUAGGGGUAAAGAGAGGUCAAAAGCUAGAAAGUGAUGAAUUUGCAUUCUUUUUAGCAAACAUAACGCGGCAUUUGUAUGUGCUUGCGCAGUCUGCCAAAUACAUAAAGAAGGAGUGUAAUAAGAAAGGUAACAGGGUAUUUGAUGAUGAAUUAAGACCCAUUAUUUUAAAGAAUGUUGAACAAUUGGUUUUCAUAGAGAAGAAACUAGAACAAUUUCGCAACCUCGGCUCAACGCUACAAAAAUAUGAUGAAGUAAAAUAUGUUGAUCUCAUUGAUGAAAAUACUCUCAGUAUUAAAAACAGAGUUUUGAGUAAGAUUUUUAUGUUUUAUGUGCCUUCAAUCAUUCUGACUUUUUAUCUCUUGAGGCAGAAACAUGUUGUUCCAGUAUGUCUUACAUUUUUCUUGAACAACCUAGUGCGUUUAAAAUCUCUUAAAUUCUGGUGAAGUUUAGCACUUGAAUUUCCACAUUUUCUCUCUUUAAGUUAAGAACCUUCAAAACAAACUUUUGAAAUGCAUUUUUUUAGUCUAAAUCAGAGGAGACAUGACUCAUUAAAUUAAUUUUGACACAAAGUCAAUUUGAUUAGGGAAGGAAAAUCUCAAGUACAUUUUCAAUAACAAACAGCAAAAUCUGAAAUUGUUGAACGUGCUGCACUCUCCCACCGAAAAGAACAUAUUUCUACCGGUAUUUUAUUUUUUCAUGGGAGAACCAUUGCAGGAAUUUUUUUGAAAAUUUUAGUGUCUCUCCUCACAAAUGUAAAGAAAAAUAACUGAAAAUUCCAGACAAAAUCAUGUGAUGGUUCUCCUUUAAAGAAAAAAUGUAAUGUAAGUAAGGAAUACUAAAACAGCUCAAUCAAGAAAUGUUUUUUCAUGCUGAAAACGACGAUGUUUGAGAUGCUGGAUUUUCCUCUGUCGUCAAUGUUAAUCUAUUCUCAUAAAUUUCACAGUUCUUGCACUAAUUUCAGAUUAUCCACUCUGAAGUUUUCCUAUUUUCAUUUAGUAUAUAAACUCAUGAGACAUUUUUAUUUUCUUAGGAAUCGCAGUAGUUUCCAGCCUAUUCAUUUUUAAUCAAUUUUUUUGGCCUAUUGUUUUUGCCUUUAACAGUAGAUGAUUCUGGUGCAAAAAAUUGCUGUACUUAAUACACAGUGUGUGGCGUCUCUGCUUUUGUCUCAUGUAUAUUAUGUUUCCAUUAUCAGAUCAAAUUCCAGACUUGUUUCCUUCAAACUAAGUGAAGUUUUCCUAAGUCCUUAGGCUUGAAAAUUUUAAAAUGAUCCUCUAUGAACUUAAAUAUAAACAUUCUCUAUGUUGUUGUGAUUUAUAUCACUUCUAUAACCUCACCUCAUGAUGGCUAUUUGUUCGUAAUUUGAUAAGAACAGCCCUACAACUUUUUUAUGUAUGAAAGAGCAAGGAUAGCAUUCUUUGUAUGGAUCAGAAGCAAUUGGUCAUUGAGAUACUUUUAUUUUUUGUUUUUAUAUCUAAUUCUUUUGUAUUAAAUUUUAUUUUUCCACGGAA